AUGAGUUCCACCAGUGGGGGUGGCAACCGCAACCGCGACAAAAAUCGCAAAUAUGCAUCUGGAGCAGCAAAACGAAAGGCAAAGGAUGAACGAAUUUUACGGGAAAGUAAAGUUUUAAGUAAAAUGCCGAAAAUAUCGGAACUGUUUCCUCCGAAGGCUGAUGAAGGUUCUUCUGAGCUGACUGCUGCAGAUGAAGCGAUGACAACAAUGGCAGAAGCAGUUGAGGAACCCGACACGCUACUCCAACGUAGCGAUGCUGGCUGCCGUAUUGAUUCAGAACUGGUCACACAGGCCAGUGAUGAGCGUAACUAUCGGCGGGCAGUACUUGAGCGGGUAACAGAAACCAUCCGUUACCUUUCCGAGCGAAGUUUACCAUUUCGCGGCACUGAUGAGAUCGUUGGAUCACCAAAAAACGGUAACUACCUGGGAACAUUAGAACUUAUAUCGAUGUUCGAUCCAUUUCUAGCGCAACACAUCAACCGUAAUGCAAAUAAGGGAAAGGGUCACACAUCCUAUCUCUCAGAGACUAUUUGCGAGGAAUUCAUCCAACUGAUGGCAACUCGAGUUCGCGAGCAGAUUUUUACAGAAGUUAAAGCUGCAAAGUAUUUCUCCGUCUGUGUAGACUCUACCCCAGAUAUUUCCCACGUUGAUCAACUGACAUGCAUUCUUCGAUACGUUUUACCCUCUGGUCCUGUCGAACGAUUUGUAUCUUUCCUUAACAUACGUGGACAUAGAGGAAAAUUGCUAGCUGAAAGGCUACUAGAUUAUUUGAAAACCAAUAAUAUAAAUAUUUCGGAUUGCCGCGGCCAGUCAUAUGACAAUGCAAGCAAUAUGAGUGGGAAAUAUAAUGGUAUGCAGGCCAUUAUUCAGCAACAUUGUAGCCUAGCACAGUACAUACCCUGCGUUGCACAUUCCCUUAAUCUUGUUGGACAAUCAUCUGCCAGUUGUUGUCAAGAAGCAUCAAGAUUCUUCAACUUCCUCCAACGAUUGUACUCUUUCUUUGCUGCUUCAACGCAUCGUUGGAAAGUUUUAACCGACCAACUUUCAAGCAAGAGACUUCCAACGGUUAAACGUAUGUCUGAUACUCGAUGGUCAGCACGUGCAGAUGCUACAAAAGCUCUAGUAAUAGGAUACGAGGAAAUUAAUGCUGCUUUAGACGAGAUCCAUGAUGAUCAAGAUGAGAAGCCUGAAGCCAAAAUGAAGCCAAUAAGAACAAGUCAGAUCCUGCAAUUAGCUGAUCAAGAUCUCAACACUGCUGUUGCAUUAUAUGAAUCGCUGAUUGACUUUGUCCUUUCGCUGCGAACCAGAUUUGAAGAAUUUGAAGCCAAAGGAAAGGAGCUCAGUGAAUGUGAUCAAUAUAAAGAAGAGAUCAAGCGCGUGCGUAAACGAAAUCGUCGUAACGACGAGCCAGGAUCAGCACCUGAUUUGUUGCAGAUUCCAGCCGACAAGUUUCGCACAGGUACUUUCCUUGUAAUAAUCGAUAGUCUGGAUGCUGAGUUGCGAAAACGACUGAGUGCUUACAUCAACAUUGCUGAAAAGUUUGGCUUUCUGCGAAAGCUUACAGAUCUGCCAGCUGAAGACGUGUUGGAAAACGCACAAAGAUUGCAAAAAGCAUUUUCCACUGACCUCGAAGUCAAUUUGGCUGAUGAAUUGCUCCAGUUUUCUAGCUUUCUCAACACAGAAUUCGUGAAAAGAGCAUUAGAUGCGAGUCAUGCAGCUGCACCUCAUUAUUCUUCAGCUCGAAUUGGAUCUUCUGCUCAGCCUAGUGAAGACCAUGACAUCGAUGUAACAUCCGAUGAUGAUGACGACAUCAAAGUGAACGUAGACUCCUAG